AUGCCGUGCUCAGGAUUGGACAUAGAUGAGAGAGAAUCUCUGAUACCACCUCCAAACCUGCAGAAGGUCACAAUCCGUAAAUAUCCAGGAUACCUAUUCCCAAACUGGAUGGAAACAGCCCUCAACAAUUUGAGAGUUCUUCAUAUCGUUGACGUCUUAUCUUUACCAGCACUGGGGAAAUUACCGGCGGCCCUCGAAGAGUUUAAGUUUGUGGAAUUGCAGAGUUUAGCAUACAUCGGUCGCGAGUUCCUUGGACUACCAGAGGACAUUGAUUCUCUUGGUGAAUCUAACGUAGUCGCAUUUCCCAGGUUGAAGAUAUUAGUGUUCAGUCAUUUACCAAAUUGGCAAACCUGGCAAGACAUUGAACCAGGCGAAGAAGAUGCUGUCUUGGUGUUGCCAGGUCUUCAGCACCUAGCCUUGUUUGGUUGCGAAGAAUUCUGUUUUCUGCCACAUCGCAUGCUUCGCAUGUCAUCAUCACUCCAGUCUGUAACAAUUCGAUGA